UGAAAGUGGGCUGUAACUUCCCGGAAGUGAUGUAGCUAACUGUAAAUGUUUCCAGCCUUGGAGCAAAAUUUUGGUGACAGACAUGUUGCCAGUGAUAGUGGUCCAUGGAGGGGCGGGCCACAUCCCAAAGGAGCGAUCAGAAAAUUCUACUUCGGGGGUGUGCUCAGCAGUGCGAUCAGGGUAUCUAGUUCUUCGGGGAGGGGGCAGCAGUAUGGACGCUGUUGUUGAGGCUGUGACUGAGCUGGAGAACAACCCUUCCUUCAAUGCAGGGUGCGGCUCAGUCCUGAACAUCAAGGGGGAGGUGGAGAUGGAUGCCAUUGUGAUGGAUGGGAAAACACUGGAAAGUGGUGCGGUUUCUGCAGUAAGCAACAUAGCUAACCCUGUUCAGCUGGCAAGGCUGGUCAUGGAGAAGACGAGUCAUGCAUGUCUGACAGCAGAAGGUGCCAGUAAGUUUGCUCGAUCCAUGGGUGUCCCUGAGGUGCCCCAAGAGUCUCUCAUCACCGAGUACUCUCGCAUGCGCUGGAAAAAGAACUUGGCACCAGAUGCUAACCCUGUGGAGUGCCAAAUGGGGAAGAUGGGCACAGUCGGUGCGGUGGCAGUCGACAGUAAAGGCAACAUAGCGUGCGCAACCUCCACCGGUGGAAUGUUGAACAAGAUGGAGGGUCGGGUGGGUGACACCCCAUGCAUAGGGAGUGGAGGUUAUGCUGACAACCUGACAGGAGCGGUGUCGACUACAGGCCACGGAGAAACCAUCAUGAAGGUCACACUGGCCAGACUCAUCCUGUUCCACAUGGAGCAAGGUCAGUCACCAGAAGCUGCCAGUGACUUGGGCCUGGCCUACAUGAAGUCCAGAGUUGGGGGGCUUGGUGGCGUCAUAACUGUGGACCCCCAGGGCCACUGGGCUGCUCGUUUCUCCAGCCUGCAGAUGGCAUGGGCUGCAGCCCAGAAGGACACCCUGCACUACGGCCUGUACGCUGGAGAACACUUCACUCAAAGCAUCAAUGAGCCUCUCUGACUGGAAGAGCAACCUUCUCUUGAAGCUGAAGCUUUGUACUUUUUGGACAAAAAAUCAGGAGUAUUAAUAGUAAUAGAUUGAUUACAAAGAUAAUUAUGUCCAUGUGCUCAGAUUAACAGACUUUACGAUUACGAACAGCAGGACUUUUGAUAUAAAUCAAUAAGAACAUGUCAUGUUAGAUUCAGAAGUUUUAUGUAUGUCAAGGCUCAUUUAGCCUACAUUCACACUGCAGGUCUUAACUCCAUCUUCAGACUAGUGUGAACAGUCUCCAGCCCUGAAGUGACCCGCUUAGCACGCUGUGUCUACACGCCCCGCCUCCUCUGAAACGGAAUGAUGACAUCUGUCUUGCUUCAGUGACGUGAAAAGUUAGAUAAAAUGCACCAUGACUGUUGGUUGAGGUUGCUUUAAUCACUCAAACAGAUGCCGUAUGUAUUCGAUGUAGGACCUGGAUGAAAGUGGCUUGGGUGGGUCACACUUAUGGGGAACAACAUCAGCUUUGGUCUGCAGUGUGAACAUAGCCUUAUUGGCAUCCUUAAGUGAAUGAAGUAACCUUGUCUUAAGGACUGGACAUGAGUCUCUUCCUUCUUCUCCUUCUUUGUGAAUUGUAAGCCUUUCACAUUCCAAACCAGUAUUAAAUUUUUUUUUUGUUGUUUUGUUCUUUUUUUGUUAAUUUAAAAUAAUAAAUUAAUCUCUUCUUGAUGACAGCCCCCAUACAGGGGCAGCAUGAGAUGCAUGCAAUACAAAAGAUUUCAGUGUUCCAGGUGAAUUUAGAGGGAAAGUGAUCCGUUGUCAUUUGGAUAAGUUCUUUAAUAACAUUUCUUGAAGCUCAGACAUUUUUGGAAAUGUCAUGCAACAAUUUAUGAUUUUUUUCCGCUGUUCCAGUUUUUCUUAAAGAACAUAAUAUAAUUAUUUUAACUGGUUGUACUACAGAUGUAUUGUGGCUGACUUCUUGAUCUCAGGCAAAUCUCUGUGAAA